CGGCUCUGGUAAAAACCACCGAUCUGUGAAAGGCAGAUCUUGGUUCUAUAAGCUGUUAUUUAGUCUGGGAUUUCCUGCACUUCCUCACCAUAAAGGAUCAGACUUAACAGAAAAAAAAAAAAACGUAUCGCUCUCCUUUGUUGCUGAUUUUUCUAAUUGAAAUUUACUGGUGGAAUUUCUGAAGAUGGAAAAAGGAACCCAACCACAGGAUAUGGCUCCACCCUACCCUGGCCCUCCAAUGAAUUAUGGCGGUAUUGCGCCACAACCUGGCUUCCCCGCUCAACCUGGCUUCCCCGCUCAACCUGGCUUCCCCGCUCAACCUGGCUUCUCCGCUCAACCUGGCUUCCCCGCUCAACCUGGCUUCCCCGCUCAACCAGGCUUCUCCCCUGCUCCUCCUGGAUACCAGGGAGGUGUUGCAUUUGCUCCUGCUGUAGCUGCACCUGCAGUGUCUCACGUGGUAGUUGCUCCAACACUAGGAGACGUCCCUGGUCAGACUUUGUGUCCUCACUGUCAGCAAACUGUGAUCACCCAGACAGAGUACAUGCCAGGACUGUUGACCUGGGCUAUUUGUGGAGGAUUGACCAUCCUGGGAUGCUGGCUUUGCUGUUGUAUCCCGUUCUGCCUCGACUCCUGUAAAGAUGUGGAGCAUCGUUGUCCAAACUGCCAACAGAUCCUCUACAUAUACAAACGGAUGUGAAAUCACAAAAAGAAAAAAAAAAGAAUAAAGAAAAAAUCACUGCAAUUCUCUUUCUUUACUUUAUAAAUAAUAAUAAUAAAAUAUAUGUUAAGUUCAAAGAGAUACAAAUUGCACUGGGAUAUGUAUAUGUGAUGAGGUAUUUUAAAAGAAGUUAGGAUCACUCAAUCAAUGGAAAUGUUGCUUUUAAUUCUUCAAUAAAAGAAUUGUUUUCUUUCA